CUUGCUUUUCCUCUUUCCAGCUGUAUCCUCGGGGAACUGUUUACAAAGAAGCCUAUUUUUCAAGCCAAUCUGGAACUGGCUCAGCUUGAAUUAAUCAGCCGGCUCUGUGGGAGCCCCUGUCCAGCAGUGUGGCCAGAUGUCAUCAAGCUGCCCUACUUCAACACUAUGAAGCCCAAGAAGCAAUACCGGAGGCGCCUGCGUGAGGAGUUCUCCUUCAUUCCUUCGUCUGCUCUUGACCUGCUGGACCACAUGCUGACACUUGACCCUGGCAAGCGCUGCACAGCAGAACAGGCCCUGCAGAGCGACUUCCUUAAGGAUGUUGACCUCAGCAAGAUGGCUCCUCCAGACCUCCCGCACUGGCAGGACUGCCACGAGCUGUGGAGCAAGAAGCGGCGGCGGCAGCGGCAGAGCGGCAUCGCGGUGGAGGAGCCGCCGCUCUCCAAAGUUUCUCGGAAAGAAACUACCUCUGUUCCAAGCACAGACCCUGUCAAAAACAACAGCAGUCCUGUGCCCCCCCAGCCCGCCCAGCUCAAAGCAGAGCCUGGUGCUGCAGAUGCAGUAGCAGGCCUUGGAGAGAUCACCCAGCAGCUGAAUCAGAGCGAACUGGCUGUUUUACUGAACUUGCUGCAGAGCCAGACUGACCUGAGCGUCCCACAGAUGGCCCAGCUGUUGAACGUUCACUCAAACCCAGAGAUGCAGCAGCAGCUGGAAGCUCUCAACCAGUCCAUCAAUGCUCUGACAGAAGCCACCACGCAGCAGCAGGAGUCUCAGGCAGCAGCAGCAGAGGAAGCCAUAGAGGAGCCACCCGCAGAGGCGCAGCUACCGGAGGAGCAGGCGACUCCAGAAGCAGCCAGUGCUCAGGGAGACAUGCAGAACGUGCUGGCUGUUCUGCUGAGUCAGCUGAUGAAGAGCCAGGAGCCUGUUCUGACCCUGGAGGAGAGCAACGGGGAGAAGAGCAGUGAGCAACGGGGGCCGAGGAAAACCCCGACAGUGCAGCCGGAGGAGAGUACAGCGUGUCCUCCUCGCGUUGUCCCACCAGAGAAGAGACCCCCCGAGCCCCCCGGACCGCCGCCACCGCCGCCUCUCUCCGAAGACGACCUCUCCAGUGCAGCCCAGGAGCUGAACCCGGCCGUGACCGCUGCUCUCCUGCAGCUCUUUUCCCACCAAGAGACGGAGUCGCUCGGCCCCACACCGCAGGAGCAUCCCGCUUCCAGAGCCACCGACUACAGCAGAUCCCGGCCCACCAGGACUUACAGCAGCGAGAGCUCCGAGGGUGGCUUUGGAACCGAGGAGCUGAAUUCAAGCCAGACGCUCCUGGAACCUUCAGCCCAGGCUCUGGGGAAAAGCAGGACCUUCUUGGGCUCCGUGAGCCACCUCGGGGAGACGAGCAGCUACCAAGGCACUGGCUCUGUCCAGUUCCCAGGGGACCAGGACCUCCGCUUCGCCCGCGGCCCCGUCGCCGUGCACACGGUUGGCCAAUCCUUCCCUAAAUCCGAGGGGAGCAAUAACACACUGGUCCAUCCCGAGGCCAAAAUCCACAACUACAGCGAGCUGGGGCCGGCUGCUUCCAGCGGAGCAGGAACAGGUCACAGUUGGGGUGCCCCAACCCAAGCCACCUCUUCCUAUGGGAAGCCGUUCCGUGGGGCUGGCAGAGUGCCUCCGCGGGGAGGACGGGGCCGGGGGGUUCCCUAUUGAGCUGCCCUCGUCCUCCCCUCCUUCACCUCCACCUUUUUAGCCCCAUGACUUGAGUUUGUGGCCCAGAGCAAGGUCUCCUCUGCAUUUCAGCUGCUGCAACGCUCCCCGUUGUUAGUCCUUGCUAGGCUGCCACCGGG